GGUAGGCAGGACUUCCGCCGGAAGAGAGGGCGGUCUCAGCCGUCUCUUCAGUGCGGAGUUUCCUUCUUACCUGCCGGGCUUAAGCUGGCUCUUUGCGGAUUCGGGUGGAGAUGGCUUGCGCCGCCGCGCGGUCCCCUGCGGACCAGGACAGGUUCAUUUGUAUCUAUCCUGCUUAUUUAAAUAACAAGAAGACCAUCGCGGAGGGGAGGCGGAUCCCCAUAGAAAAGGCUGUUGAAAAUCCUACAGCUACAGAGAUUCAAGAUGUAUGUCUGGCAGUUGGACUUAAUGCAUUUCUUGAGAAAAAUAAAAUGUAUUCUAGAGAAUGGAAUCGAGAUGUUCAGUACAGGGGCAGAGUCCGAGUCCAGCUCAAACAGGAAGAUGGCAGCCUCUGUCUCGUACAGUUCCCGUCACGUAAGUCAGUAAUGUUGUAUGCAGCAGAAAUGAUACCUAAACUAAAAACAAGGACUCAAAAAACAGGAGGUGGUGACCAAAGUCUUCAGCAAGGAGAAGGAAGUAAAAAAGGGAAAGGGAAGAAGAAGAAGUGAUUUGGUUAUGAGAGCAAGUAUGUGGUACUCGUAUAGGAGACCUACAUGGAGGCUGCCAGUUUGUACCUGAGGGAACAGAAGCUUUUUGUUUGCAUCAUUUAACUGAACUGUGAACAUUUGUGCCUCCCAGCUUCAGCAUCAGAGUUGACAAUGAAAUAAAGAAAUCUACAUCAGAAGUUUGCAUCUAUCUUGUAUGCAGUAUAAAAGAAAAAAAUUUUUUGCCUCCCAACACAGAAUUUUUGUGGAAGAAAGAAGCAUAUUUUUAAAAGAACAAAGGACUGUACCAUAAGUUACUUGAAAUCCUGUAUCUGUUUAUCCUCUCUGUAAACCAAUGUUUCAGAUAGAUAAGUUGAAUAAGUUUUGAACUACAUAUUUUGUUCACCUUCUAAGUUAAUAAAAUUUGAAACUGA